AUGGCCAUGGAGCGCACUCGCAUAGCGAAGGUUGUUGACGACGUAACCCUUUCACGCCGAGGAAUCCAGGUCAACGGAACGUUGCAUCUGACACCUCAUCAUCUCAUAUUUGUUCACGCCGCUCCUCCCACCGCCGACGGCAAGCCGGCUCGACCCCGCGAAAAUUGGAUAACAUAUCCCAUCAUUCACUUCUGUACCUUCCGGCCGAGUCCCACCGCCUCCAGACAGCCCUCGUCCAUUCGCCUGCGUUGUCGCGAUUUCACAUUUUACUGCUUCUACUUCAACGAUGAUCGGAAAGCCAGGGAUGUCUACGACAGCAUCAAGGCUUGGACGUGCAAGUUGAGCGGGAUCGAAAAACUGUACGCAUUCUCAUAUCAUCCGACAGGACCCGAGAAAGAUGUGGGCGGCAAAGGCUGGUCGCUUUACGAUCCCAUGCGGGAGUGGAGGAGAAUGGGCGUCGGUGACGAGAGUCGGAAGACAAACUGGAGAAUCUCCACUAUCAACAAGGACUACAGCUUCUCUCCCACAUACCCUGCCAUCCUCGCCGUCCCGGCCAAUAUCUCAGAUAACACUCUGAACUAUGCAGGGCGAUAUCGGUCUAGAGCCAGGAUACCGGUUCUGACCUAUCUUCACCCGGUCAACGAUUGCUCUAUCACUCGCUCAUCUCAGCCGCUUGUCGGGGUCCGAGGAAACCGCAGUAUUCAGGAUGAAAAGCUCGUUGCGGCCAUCUUCAACACGACCAGGGCUGAGCGACCACUGUCUGCUUACAACUCUCCGCCUCCGGAAAGGGAGGAUUCUGGAUCUAGUAAAGACACCAACUGCGCCGUGGUGUUGGAUAGUGAAGUCUCGCAGGCAGACGCUGAGGCUGUUGAAGAUGCGAUCAUCUCCAGGUUCCGUGGAGAUGAUGAUGCGCCGGAAGGCUCAGAGGACAGAAGGCCCAUGGUUUAUGGAGCGCAGCAGCGAAACAUGAUCGUGGAUGCACGCCCCACCAUCAAUGCGCUGGUCAUGCAGACACAAGGCAUGGGCUCCGAGGAUAUGAGCAACUACAAGUUUGCCACCAAAGCAUACCUGGGGAUCGACAAUGUUCAUGUUAUGCGAGAUAGUCUCCAGAAAGUCAUCGAUGCGUUCAAGGACUCCGACCUGACCCCCCUGGGGCCAAACCAGGAGUUGCUGCAGAAGAGCAAUUGGCUGAAACAUAUUGGUCUUAUUCUGGACGGCUCGGGACUGAUCGCUCGACAGGUGGGGUUACAGCACAGCCACGUCUUGAUUCACUGCAGUGAUGGUUGGGAUAGGACAAGUCAACUGUCAUCUCUCAGCCAGAUAUGUCUUGACCCGUAUUACCGGACGAUGGAAGGGUUCAUGAUACUGGUGGAAAAAGAUUGGCUGAGCUUCGGGCACAUGUUCAAACACCGUUCGGGAUUUCUGAACUCGGAGAAGUGGUUCCAGAUUGAGAACGAGCGGAUCAGCAGAGGCAGUGAGGAUGUGGAUGGCAAAGAAGAGAAGAGUGGUGCCAUGGCGACGUUCGAGAACGCAUUCUUGACGGCGAAGGGGUUCUUCUCCAACACCAAGAACAACGAGUCGAGAGAGUCGAUCAAUGUUGACUCGGAUGCCGACAUGCCUGGUAACUAUGACUCGGAGUCGCAAACAGGAAGACGGAUCGUGUCUGGGGCUGCCAAGAAGGAGAAGGAGAAGCCGGUCACCAAGGUCAAGGAGACAUCGCCAGUCUUCCACCAAUUUCUGGAUGCCACCUAUCAGAUGCUGUACCAGUAUCCCACCCGAUUCGAGUUCACCGAGCGAUUCCUUCGACGGCUCCUCUUCCAUCUGUACUCUUGCCAAUACGGGACAUUCCUCGGCGACAACGAAAAAGAACGCAAAGAGGCUCGGCUCAGUGAGCGCACCCGAAGCGUCUGGGAUUACUUCCUCGCCCGCAAACAAGAGUUUCUGAACCCCAAAUACGACCCACUUAUCGACGACAACGUUCGAGGCAAAGAACGACUCAUCUUCCCCAAGCCGGAGGAGGUGAGAUGGUGGAAUGAACUCUUUGGCCGUACGGACGAAGAGAUGAACGCGAAGCCCCAACCCCUCGUUAAACCGCAAACUAAUGGUGCAGGUGAAGGGUCAGGGACUGAGCUAUGGACAUCGGUCUCGGACGCCGGUGGGUCACAAGCUGACUACUCGUCCUCUGUUUCGGCACCUGUUUCUAGGGCUAGGAGCCCUGUGCUUGUCGGCCUGGAGACGAGUGAGGCUAGUGUCGGGCUGACAGGUUCUCUCUCCGCAAAGUUGUAUGAGCCCACGGCGGAUAGGGCAAGGGUUCCUGGCUUGGCAGGGUCUGCUCUUGAUGCAUCGCGGUCUGGAUCCCGGGCGGCUUCGCCAAUGCCGAAAGAAUCAUUUUCGAGAUCCCGAACGCCUGUGCCCGUCGCUUCAUCGCCGAAACCCGAAUCGAGGGGUGCCAAAGCUCCCCAGGGGGAGCUCAUGAUGAGGAAGGACCGUGACGACGAUGUGAAAACGAGCGACCGUCUCCGAGCCGUUAAGGACGACUCGGCAGCAGCGAAUAUUCUUUCCACAUCAGACCAAAGCACGGUCAUGAUUCACCAUUUCCCGGACGGCCAGCAAGCACAAGCGGCCCCGCUACCAGCGAGCCCGAAUCAAUCUCCCACGAUCAAGCCACAGGAGCUCAGUCGGGAUCAAGACGGGCAGAAAGACGAAAGCCAAAAACAGGACCAGAACACGGACGAUGGCAGAGGAACCGAGAAAGAGAGCUCUGAUGGUGCAAUCAAAAAACCUUUAGAGACGCUGGUGGACGAUCUGGACCCCUUGGGUAUUGGCGAGGCCAAAGACAUCCCAGCAGCACAGCAGAGUCUGUCCAUGUACAUGCGUGCGAAGAGAAGAGAGCAGAUGGAGUUGUUGAUGAAGUGA